CGAACACUGUUCAAAGGCGGCAUGUUCAAGGUGAUUUGGACUUUGGACCAAGUUGCUCAGCACUUUCUGUCCGUUUUGGACUUUGACACCCAAACUGGUCAUGCUAAUCUAGGACUGGUAUUCCUGCCAUAGCUGCCUAAUGUGGGCGAUCAGUCGGAUGAGUGUGGACAGAGCAGUAAAGCGAUUACAUAAUCUGCGUGCACUGCUGUCGAGAUCGGACAGAAGUUACAAGUUAUGUCAAAUACGGCUGACAUCAGCAGAUGCCAAGGCCAGCAUUGGAGAUGUGAGCAUCCGGCUACAGGAACCAAAAUGCCCCGAGCUGGUCCCGAGAAAAUAUUUACCCGCACAUGUGUCCCAGGCUGUCCUAAGACAUCUACGAUGGAUUAUGCAAAAGGACCUGCUGGGACAGGAUGUUUUCCUGAUUGGACCGCCAGGACCUUUGAGACGAGAGGUGGCCAUGAUGUACUUGGAGCUGACCCAGAGAGAAGCCGAAUAUGUUUCACUGUCUCGUGACACGACCGAGUCUGAUCUGAAACAGAGACGAGAGAUUCAGGCGGGAACCGCAUACUACAUUGAUCAGUGUGCGGUGCGAGCGGCUCUCGAGGGUAGGAUUCUGGUGUUGGAGGGAAUCGAGAAGACUGAGCGGAAUGUGCUGCCUGUGUUGAACAACCUGCUGGAGAACCGCGAGAUGCAGCUGGACGACGGCCGCUUCCUGGUCGCUGCGCCGCGCUACGACAAACUGCUUGAGGACCACAGUCGGGAGGAACUCGACGCACUCAACCUCGUCCGCGUCAGUGAACACUUCAGAGUUAUUGCCCUUGGCCUGCCCAUACCCCGUUACCAGGGCAACGCGCUGGAUCCGCCGCUGAGGUCAAGGUUUCAGGCGAGAGAUAUUCACCCGCUGCCGUUCAAGGAAAAUUUAGAAAAUUUACAACAAAUGACAAAUUCUCUUCCACCAGAAAGAAUAUCCCAGCUGUUGUCUUUUGCAUCAACCAUGCUCUCAAGUGAAUCAACAUCCCUGGGUCUGCCUGAUUUUCCAAUCGAUGGCUUGAAGCACGUUGUGAAAAUCUUGGACGUUGUACCUGGUAUGUCCUCCCGGGAUGCCGUACAGAGGCUGUAUCCAUUCUCCAUCAUGCUGGGCAAGGAAGGCAAGACUGCUGUAGAGGAUACGCUAAAAAAAUUUGAUCUCGUCAAGAUCUCCCCUCCGUGUUCCGUUUCUGGUUUGUUGAAGGAGGAGAACAUGGCAGUGGUGUCGCUGCAACAAGGAACGGAGUCAUACAGCUUUAAGGUUUCCGGUGGUGCCCUCCCAAGCUAUUCGUCUGGCCGAGAUUCGACCUUUGUACACACACCGUACCAUGAAAGUAUGUUGGCAGAGCUGAUACAGUCUCAUCUCGUCUCCGAUUUCUGUUUGAUUGGACCAAGGGGAUGUGGUAAGAGUAUUGUAUUGAAACAGUUUGCAGACAUGCUUGGUUAUCACUUGGAGCCUAUCAUGUUAUACCAGGACAUGACGUCACGGGAUCUAUUACAGCAGAGAACCACGUUACCGAAUGGUGAUACGACUUGGCGCCACUCUCCCCUGGUGACGGCGGCCAUUGAGGGCAGUCUGGCUGUGCUGGAUGGGGUCCACAGAAUCAAUGCGGGAUCUUUUGCUGUAUUACACAGAUUGGUCCACGAGAGAGAGCUGCAGUUGUAUGAUGGGACGCGUCUUCUUCAACAAGACAAGUACCAAGAUGUGAAAGAGAAGACCAAACUAACCGAUGAACAACUCCGAGAAAAACAGAUUCUUCCCAUCCAUCCAUCAUUCCGGAUAGUGGCACUGGCCGAACCUCCGGUUGUCGGAAGCAGUAAACAGCAGUGGCUUUCUGCCGAACUGCUGACCAUGUUUCUGUAUCACCACAUGAGACCACUGUCGCGGGUGGAGGAAACUGAUGUUAUCAACAGACUUGUUCCCAAUGCAAAAGGUCUGGAUAAAAUCUUUGACUUUGUACACAAACUGAGGGAUUCUCAAGAUGGAACUCUUCAGUCCAUUGCGUCGUCCAUGUCCACUCGACAGUUGUUGAGAAUUGCCAAAGUUCUUGCUACAUAUCCAACCAGUGAUCUCUACAACAUUGUUCAUAAAGCCUGUCUUUCAAGGUUUCUUCCAAGAUUAGCACAGUCUGCUCUUGACCAGACCCUAGAGGAAGUUGGAAUAACUGUGAUGAAGAAAACACCGUCGGAAGACAGCCUAGAGCGAUCUAUAACUUGUGAAGUUAAAGACAACAAAUUGCGGAUCGGAGACACCAAAGUUACUGUGUACAGUCCUGAUAACCGUACAAAAGUGCCAGACAUUCUCUUCUAUGAAAAUCCGCAGCACCUGACUGUAAUGGAAGACAUGUUGAAGGAUUUCACUCUGGACGAACACUUGCUGCUGGUCGGAAACCAGGGGGUCGGCAAAAACAAGAUUGUUGACAGAUUUCUACAGCUGUUAAACCGACCCCGAGAGUACAUCCAGUUACACAGAGAUACGACAGUUCAGACCCUGACCCUUCAGCCCACAGUUCAAGAUGGAAUCAUUGUUUAUGAAGAUUCCCCUUUGGUGAAGGCUGUGAAGCAGGGUCACGUGUUGGUGGUGGAUGAAGCGGAUAAAGCUCCGACUCAUGUGACGUGUAUUCUGAAAACCCUUGUCGAGUCCGGGGAAAUGCAUCUGGCCGACGGACGGAGAAUAGUUUCAAGUUUGUAUUUGUGUUUGGAGUAUUCAGCUACCUCAGGCCUGGAGUCGAGUCCUUCUGUGAUAGUCUCUCACCCCGACUUCAGAAUGAUGGUUCUUGCCAACAGACCAGGAUUUCCAUUUUUGGGGAAUGACUUCUUUGGUGCUAUGGGUGAUAUAUUUAGCUGUCAUGCAAUAGAUAACCCUGAUGUUGAAUCUGAAAUGGCCAUGUUACGACAGUAUGGACCACACGUGCCAGAAACGACAUUGAGAAAAUUGGUGCUUUCAUUUGGAGAACUGCGAGAAAUGGCCGACCAAGGCCUCAUUUCCUACCCGUACUCCACACGAGAGGUUGUGAACAUGGUUAGACACAUCGAGAAAUUCCCGCAGGAAGCAUUGACGACGGUUGUGAGGAACGUGUUCGACUUCGACUCGUACAACAGUGACCUUCAGGAGACUCUGAUCACGACGAUGGAGAAACACGGAAUUCCACUCGGUGCCAAACAAGCCAGCGUGAUGCUGGCUAAAGAGUUUCAGUUGCCCGAGUUUGAGCUUGUCGGCCAGUGGAACACAUCUCAGCAGGGACCGAGACAAAAGACAUCACUAAUGAGUUUACCAGUGGAAACAAGAAAACUCUCAAUAAAGGGCCCAGUAGAGAUGUUCGUAGAAUCGCGCUCUCUGGACCGGACAGAUUCACGUUCGUCUGUGUUCACAGAGCAAGAAGCAUACUGGCAGUUGCCCAUGGAAGAAGUGAACAUCAUCUGUGACAUCGCAGUCAACAAAGCUCUGAACCGAAGCCCAUCAGUAAACAAGUCAGACAUGAUACACGUUGCCUCGGCAAAUCCAAUCGGUAUCUACUCGAUGACUCCUACGAUGACGAAUGUGGACUAUAUCAAUCUGUACGACAUAUUUCCCGCGACUACGGGGGCGUACAAACCCAGGGUGAAGAUAGCCACGCUCGGGGCUCCGUUAGACGACAGAGUUAUCCUGCACGAAGAAGUGACGAAUGUUGUGCUGAGUAUAAACACAGAGAGUGGUCAGGUGACUCGUGUUCUGAGCGCGGCCCUGCCCGAGACUCCCCCGGAGAGACGCAGGUUCCCGUCUUCGUCACCCAAAAUACUGAACCCCUUCAAGAUGUGUUCCAGUCCUCUCCCUGAUGGCUAUGGGACGGUUGUGUUCUACAAGGAAAACGGAGAUAUGAUGGACUUCCUGAGUAUACUAGAAGGUAUUUCUCACACUGUGUCGCUGCCCAUUCUCCUCCAGUCUGUACACCAGGUGGACUAUCACAAAUGGCUUCUCACGGAGGACAGUUCAGCAAGAAGAUACAUUCUUGAUCGAACAUCACCCAGUGAAUUCUUCUUGCAACCCAUAGAGGAGACUGGAGACGUGGAUCAAAAUAUCAUCCUGACAUCUCGGACUGGUUUGAACCAUGACGUUCUGAGUAAAGCGUUGAACCAACAGGUGACCAGUCCAAACCGUGUGAUUGUCACUGACCGAUCCUUCGCCACACUGCUGCUAGGAUUUCCUGAUCUGUCAUCCAGUGAGGUAUACACCUUACCUCGAGAGCUCCUGCCAUCUACAAACACACAGACCGUCACGGACCAGUUUGUCAGUCUGAUGACAAAGCCCAUGGCAACCAAUCGGCUAGCAGCCCUGACCGUCCUGCCAGAAUCGGGUCAAGUCAUCCGCGCCCUGCCAACAUGGAAAGUGCCAAAAGAUGUUCUACCAAAAGAUUCAAAACCAACUGACGUGGCUGGCUUUCUCGAAGUGGCAGAUUUGGCCAAUCACAAGCUUCGUUACAUACCUAUUCCAGGAGCAGUCAAGGUAUCGCCUUAUGCGUCAUGGCUGUUUAAUACGUCUGAUGUAAAUGCGUUCAUGGCUCCACUGAGUAAUGAUGGGUUAGUCACCGUGGAUAUUGGUGGAUGUGUGCGUCUCUGGGAGACGGCGUUAGUGCAUCUUGAGCGGUCCUUACAAGAGUGGAGGAGAAUGAUUGGCUAUGAAGACACCCGGCCAUUGCAGCUGAAUGUGGACAGAGAGAGUGGACGGGAUCAUGAGAACAUUGAACCCAAACAUGGAAAGAUUGACCCACUGAAUAACCCGCAUGUUGGAGGGAACACGUGGGCGGGAGGUGUAGGAGGUAGCGGUACAGCUGGUUUGGGUGGGUUUGGUGGACCAUACCGUCUGGACGGUGGUCAUGAGGUGUACCAGGUCCCUCAGUGGGAGAAAGAUGCUGUGCCUGAAUCAGUCAGAGAGGCUGCUCGAGCAAUGGCACAGAAGGCAUUCAAGGAAAGACUGAAGGAGAUCCAGAUGAGUGAGUUUGAUGCAGAGACCUAUGCCCGGUUCUCGGGGAGUGUCAAACGCCAGGUUCAGUCUCUCAGAGUUAUCAUAGAUAGUCUACAGGCUAAGGGUAAGGAAAGACAGUGGCUCAAGAAUCAGGCAUAUGGUGAUUUGGAUGAUGCCAAGUUGAUAGAAGGGCUUACAGGGGAGAAGUCCAUUUACAAGCGGAGGGGUGAAAAGGAGCCUGAGAUUACCAGCAACAGCAAAAAGAAAAGAACCAAGAAUAAAACGGCAUCAACGACGACGACCACACAUCUGAAGUAA